CAACGUCCCUCUCGGCCGAACCAGGUGUGUUCAAACCUGUAGCAGACAAACGCUCAGCAGAUGUCUCUCCACUCAGUCACUACGGGGUGGAUCUCAACCGCGUAAACACCCAAACCGGUGAACGCUCCCACCCGCGUCUGCUCUCAGCCUGCCCACAGGUAUGAGGGAUUCUCGCAAACUGCGCGACGCUUCAGCGACAGACGGUCCUCAAUCCGCAGCAAAGUGAGUGAUUUUAAGCCCACUACGUCUUUCUUCGAUUUAUUGUUACCCGGAAGGCUCAUCCAGAUACAAAUUGUUGACGCGGUUGUGAAGAACAAGAGCACAUAAGCUUCAUUGUCUUGUUUGUAACCACCUCGACGGUGUCAACUCUCUUGCUUUACGCACAAGAAGCGCUUGGAAUCGCCACAAUUACAAGGACUGAAGCGUGAACCUUUGACGCGCCAUACCUCAGCAUCAGACCCAGCAGGUGACCAUCAUAAAUGUCAAGAGGAUGAAAUCCCCCGCAGGUCGACAGAAUAACUCCUGGGGGUUCAUCGGGCUGCGUCACUUCACGCUUAUUUAACAAGCACAAACUAAGGCGCCUCUCGUCACUUUGAUUAAUUCUUUCAUAAUAAAAGGAGAAAGAUCAUGUCCAGAACACUGAAGAAGAAGAAACACUGGUCCACCAAAGUGGUGGAGUGCGCCGUGUCAUGGGGGAGCCUGGGAGACUUCGGCUCCGUGGUGGAGAUCCUGGGAGGAGCAGAGCUCGGACAGUUCCCCUACAUUGGCCAGAUGAAGCUGGACGUGCUGGUGUGUCACGUCGGAAAGCUGCCGUACUACGGGGACGUCCUGCUGGAGGUGAACGGCACGCCCGUAAGCGGGCUUACGAACCGUGACACCCUGGCUGUCAUCCGUCACUUUCGGGAGCCGAUUCGCUUGAAGACCGUCAAACCAGGCAAAGUGUUGAACACAGACCUGCGCCACUACCUCAGUCUGCAGUUUCAGAAGGGCUCGCUCGACCACAAACUUCAGCAGAUCAUACGAGACAACCUCUACCUACGCACCAUACCCUGCACCACACGGCUUCCUCGAGAGGGGGAAGUGCCUGGAGUCGACUACAACUUCAUCAGCGUUGGAGACUUCAGGAUCCUGGAGGAAAGUGGGCUCCUUCUGGAGAGUGGGACCUAUGAUGGUAACUACUAUGGGACCCCCAAGCCUCCAGCAGAGCCCAACCUGGUGCAGCCUGACCUGGUGGAUCAGGUGCUGUUUGAUGAGGACUUCAGCGGCGAGGUUCCCAGGAAGCGCACCACCUCAGUCAGUAAGAUGGAUAGGAAGGAUAGCGCCGUACCCGAGGAGGAGGAUGAUGAUGAGAGGCCCCCGCUGGUCAAUGGAUUGCCUGAGCACAAGGACUGGAGGAAAACGGUGCCCAGCUACAAUCAGUCCAGCAAUACCAUGGACUUCCGUACAUGGAGCUCUCUUCCCCGCGAUGACAGCCUGGAACCCCUGCCUUACAACUGGGAGAUGGCUUACACCGAAACUGGGAUGGUCUACUUCAUAGAUCACAAUACAAAGACAACCACAUGGUUGGACCCCCGCUUGGCGAAAAAGGCGAAGCCCCCAGAGAAGUGUGAGGAUGACGAGCUACCGUAUGGCUGGGAGGAAAUUGAUGACCCACAAUAUGGCACAUACUACGUUGACCACAUCAAUCAGAGGACUCAGUUUGAGAAUCCAGUUCUGGAGGCAAAGAAGAAGCUAAGCAAAGACACUGCUUCGAUUCAGCAAGCUGCAGCUGCAUCUUCUCAAGGUAAGGGAAGUAUGUUUGGAUUUACAGCAGACCCCAGCCAGCUGAAGGGGGAGAUGUACCAUACAGCUCUGAAGAAAAGCUCCCAGGGCUUUGGAUUUACUAUCAUCGGAGGCGACCGCACAGACGAGUUUCUGCAGGUGAAAAAUGUUCUCAGCGAUGGCCCUGCUGCCCAGGACAACAAGAUGGCGUCUGGGGAUGUGAUUGUUGAAAUUAACGGGACAUGUGUUCUGGGAAAGACCCAUCCAGAGGUGGUGCAGAUGUUCCAGUCCAUCCCCAUCAACCAAUAUGUAGACAUGGUUCUUUGUCGCGGGUACCCUCUUCCUCCGGAUGUAGACCUGAACAAUGACGACCCUCUUCCUCCUCCACCCCCUCCACCAGCUACUCAGCCACAGCAGCCUCUCCAUGGAGGGGAGGUGGUGACAGCUGUGCCGCUCAUUAACGGACAACCACUGCUAGUCAAAGGCGAUGUCCUGCAUGGCUCUUCACAGGAACUGCACUAUGUUACCACCGACGCAAGCGGUCGGCCUGUUGUAGCUGCCUUGCCCAACGGGCGACAGCCUGACCAGGGAGAGGGGGCCACGGGAAUGUUGCAACCAGAACUGGUGAGCGUACCACUGGUGAAGGGGCCUGGAGGAUUUGGGUUUGCCAUUGCUGACUGUCCUCUGGGCCAGAAGGUGAAAAUGAUUCUGGAUGCCCAGUGGUGCCGUGGGCUGCAAAAAGGAGACGUAAUCAAGGAGAUCAACAGGCAAAAUGUUCAAAGUCUUAGUCACGCACAAGUGGUGGACAUCCUGAAAGACUUUCCUGUGGGCAGUGAGGUCAGCGUGCUGGUACUGAGAGGAGGUCAGACAUCCCCUGUGAAGUCUCUGAAGCCUAGACAAGACAUGACUGCAAGCACAGAAACCUUGGACACCAUCGCAGACGCAACUCCCCAGGCCUUGCCGUACCAUUCCAACACGAGCACCCUACGCUCAUCUGACUCCCCUAAACGAGAUGCCACAGAGAUGUACCUGAAGUCCAAAGCCCUGCUGGAGAGCAGGCAGCCUCACACCAAAGACAUAGAUGUUUUUCUGAAGAGAGACAUUGAAACAGGCUUCGGCUUCCGAGUCCUGGGAGGAGAAGGCCCACAACAGCCAAAUGUGUUUCCCCAGGUUUACAUCGGGGCCAUCGUGCCCAGCGGAGCUGCAGAGAAGGACGGUCGUCUCAGAGCAGGAGAUGAGCUCAUUGGCAUCGACGGAGUGAUGGUCAAAGGUCGGUCUCACAAGCAAGUUUUGGACCUGAUGACCAAUGCAGCCCGUAAUGGUCAAGUCAUGCUGACUGUUCGUCGGAAGGUCAUCUAUAGAGAAGCAACAGAUGAAGACAUUCAGGAAAUGACUCCUGCGCUGGUGAACGGUUCUCCAAAGCUACCUCGCCUCCCAAUGCCUAGCGCUCUGGACCACGAGUCUUUCGAUAUCACACUUCACCGCAAAGAGAACGAGGGCUUUGGCUUUGUUAUCCUCACAUCAAAGAGCAAACCCCCAUAUGGUGUUAUCCCUCACAAAAUUGGACGUAUCAUUGAAGGCAGUCCGACUGACCGCUGCGGCCUACUCCACGUAGGGGAUCGUAUCUCGGCAGUCAAUGGCCGCUCCAUCAUUGAGCUCUCUCACAAUGACAUUGUUCAGCUUAUCAAGGAGGCUGGCACUGUCGUCACUCUCACUGUGGUUCCUGAGGACGAAUACAAGGGCCCUCCAUCAGGAGCAAGUUCAGCUAAACAGAGUCCAGCUCUUCAACACAGGCCCGUUGGACAAAGGUCUGCUCCUCAUGAUGAGCGUUAUAACCUGGACAUGGAGGACAAAAGGGAUGUAAUCAACUGGUCUGAUCAUAAAACUCUUCCACCUGGUGAGCAGGGAAUACUGUGUGUGACAGGACCCAACCAGGGUUGUCUGACUGUGGAGCUGGAGAGAGGCCCCAGAGGUUUUGGUUUUAGUUUGCGCGGGGGAACAGAGUACAAUAUGGGCCUAUAUAUCCUGAGGCUUGCAGAAGAUGGACCAGCUCAGCUGGAUGGAAGAAUCCAUGUUGGAGAUGAGAUAGUGGAGAUUAAUGGGGAGCCGGCUCGUGGCAUUUCCCAUACACGGGCAAUUGAUCUGAUUCAAGCUGGAGGAAACAAAGUGGUGCUUCUGCUGCGACCUGGCGCAGGCCUUGCCCAGGACGGAAAUCGGCGUUAUCAAAAAUCCAUUUCACCCACAAGCAAUUCUGAGGAGGUGUUUCUUUCUGACACAUCACCUCAGUCCUCUCCAUAUCCCACUGGGGCUUCCGCUUUUUUUUCUUCAAUUUUAUCAGGCAAACUGAAACAUUCUCGCAGUGGGAGCACUAAAUCCCUGCAAGGCCAUGAGCCCCGUCACAGCAGGGGUUUGGGCUCGUUGGAAGAGAGUGAUGAGUGGGCAGAAAAGAAUAUCGACAAGCUCUCCCCCCUUCUUUAUGAUCAAUUGAAGUUCUCCAAGAGCACCAGAUCCAUAACAGACUCCAGAGAGCUCAGCAGCCCAAAGAAAACAGGGGAGACAUUUCCUAAAGCCAAAGAGCAACAUCAGAGUCCCAAAAAAACUGUGAGCCAGUCACAGGAGGCAAUGCCAAGCAGGAGCAAAAUGCCUCAGAUGACUAAUACAAAAAUACAAACUGUUAACCACGAGAUGGCUCGAUUUAGGCCUCAAUUGGUAUCAAACCUGCAGCAGAUGGAGAAUCACAGGAGAAUAAAGGAUCCUUUCAGUAGAGAGAGCUUAGGAAAUGAAAAUAAAAAUGAUGAGAAGGGAACUCCUAAGAUCAGAAGAUACACACUAGGAAAUGAAAAAAGAACAAGGCCUGGCCUUGAGCAAGAAAGCUUUAAAAGAAAUGAGGGAGAGUUUCUUCGUCACAGGACGCAGUCUGUUACAGUGAGGGAGAGCCAAACAAGUAGAAGCAAAGACUCCGAGCUCAGAGAAGUUAAUGGGAACCCUGCAGAAAACAAGAAUAACAGCAAAGACACUAGUAACAAAAGAGACUCUUUGUCAUUUUUUAAAGAUAUUUGGAACAGAAAGGACUCUAAAACUUCACCACAGGAGACAAAAGGAAGAGAUGGUAAGUCAUCUAACUUCAAAGAACGCCGUAAUAAAGAGGACGUAGUGGCCUCUACAGACAGCAUUCCAGGAACCACCCAGAGCCAAAAGGGAAUUGUUGGCCCUGGGCCUUGGAAAGUACCAAGUUCUGCCAAAAUCCUCACCAAAGCAGAAGUCCUCCGUGACCCUCAGUGACAGAACAUUAUAUCACCCUGACACAAACUGCUACUAAAUCUUUACAAUUUCAUCAUAUUAGUGGGUUCUUUGUCAGAGAUCUUCCAUGAAACAGAGAUGUGCAACAUGCUGACCCGUUGUCAUUAUCCUUAGAUUGUGGUCAGAUUUAUAUUUUGGGAAUAGUUUGAUAUCAUGUGACAUGUAGCACUUCCCUCUGCCUUGUUCGCUGCUUCAGCAUCUUUAGUGUGGGACUUCAGCACAUGCGGCACGCUUGGGGCCUUGUCAGAAAAAGACAACUUAAAAUGUGAAAAUGUGCCAAUCCUGCCAAACUCCUGUGGAAUAAUAACGACCAUUCCCACACAUAACAAUGCAAUGACCCAUAUGCAAAGAAAGGAGCAAGGCCCUGCCUUUGAUUUGUAGUAAACACCCAAUGUGGCUAUCGUAGGGUUUAAUUUUGCCUCAUUGGUGGACAUUUAGACCUUUAUUUUCUUUUCUUUUAUUUUAUUUUUUUACUUACAGGCUUGUUUAAGUGCAUGCUGUUAGUCCUUAAAUUUAUUUUACUGCACGUUUUCUACACAUCACCCAGGAUGAACCGCUUCCUUGUUUAUAAUUCUCAUUCUUAGCACUGGGCUGAUUUGAAAUACUGGUGUAAAAGUGUUUACUUUAAUGGUUACUUCUGACUGUUCUGAGGGUUUUAUCAUGGCACUCUUUCAGCAUCAUUAAAAAAGACCAGAAACUUGUGGUUUGAUAUCUUGUUUACCAUGUGUAUAAUAACAGAGUGUGUAAGUUAUUGAGAUGACAGACGAAUAUAUAUAUAUAUAUAUAUAUAUAACAUCCCAAACCAUUCUAUGUUUUGAUAUAGACUAAAAUGUCCCAGUUACUAAAGUUAUCAGAUCUUUCAUAUGGUUCCUAUUGUACUGCAUUGGUAGGAAUUAUCAUAGACUUUCAUAGUACUUCAUGAAAUGUAUAGACAUUUGAACUGCUGUACCAAAUGUUUGCAAUCUCUCAAAAUAUGUCUCAUUGCGAAAUAUGUUAUAUUAUAGAUACAUAUAUAUAUAUAUACAUAUUUGAAUGUGUAAUAAUUUACAAAUGAUAUCUAUUAAAUUCCAUUGCACUGCAUCUGCCCCUGUAGCAUAACAGAAAGAGCUGUAUUUAACUAAUGAUGUUCACCGAGUACCAAUUCAUUUUGUAUAAUGCAUUUGUAAUAUUAUUUAUUUUACAAUGACAUUUCAUGUUUUCUAAAGGGUUCAAGGUAAUUUAUGUAAAGCUUUACCAGAUUUGAGUCGUGUUCCUGGUUGUUUUAUGUUUAACUACAGAGAAACUGACUACUGUAUGUCGUCCGUCUAUCCUGUUGUGUGGUCGUGCAUUAGAUUAGCCUGAAGGAUGACAAAGGCCAGAGUGAUGUAGUGUUUUACUAAGACACUGUCCAUGCUGCUGAUGUAAUGCUUUGUGUAGGCACGUCAUCAACAUAGAUUAUGGAGUUGCAAAGCAGGUAGUUAUGAGAAAAUAGAAAAUGACAAAUUUGAAAUUAAAUCAGUGAAAUCUGAGAAAUUGAAAUAUACAAUAUAAGACACACUCAGAUGAGCUCAGGGAAUACAGUAUUGUAGCAAAUAUAUGAUAAGAUUAAUAUUAAUGAAAGCCAAGUGGAGGGUAAACUUUGAUUGUAUCAAGUUUUCAGUUUACAAGUCUGCUUAUGCUAUGAGUUUUGUGCAAUAGUUGGAUUGAUAUGUUUGGGUAAAUCCAGCUCUGAAUACCAGGUACAGGUUGUCCACUCUGGUCCUGAGAAGGAUACAACUCUACUCGAUCUCCCCUGCACUGUUUGACUUCCAGACGUUUUUGUUCUGACCAUUUUCUAUGUCAUCUCUGCAUCAUACUGUGGCCUUGCAUUGCUUCAUUAGAAAAAAAUAACUCCUUGUGGUACCUUCUACAUUCUGUAGGACCAGUAGUUGUAAAUGUUUGUACAUUGUACAGCACCUUUAUAAACAAACCUGCUGAGUGCUCUUUUGGGGAGAAGAAAAAAAUAGAGGUAUAUAAAAAUUGCUCUAUUAUUUUUUUAUGUAAAAAAAAAAAUUUAAAAGAGAAAAUAUUUAAAAUGGAUUGAAAAGGUUAGGCUAUGACCUUGACAUAGAAUUCUGUUCAUGCACUAAAAAUAA